AUGGGCUUCUCUUCUCCUACCAUUGCUCCUCCUCACUAUACCCCUUCCCCCUCCCAUGCCUCCGCGAUCUACAUCGUCCGCCUUCGCUCUGCGCCGCCUGUUGCGUCGUAUCACGGGGGAUUUGCCGGCUACCCGGCAACGGCCGCCUGGGACAGCGACCCUAACGCCAACGCGGCAGGCGCCGCUUCAGACGAUGAGGCCAGCGAUGGCGUUGGCGCGGCUUCUGUUGCAAGCAACGGUGGCGUUGGCACUGCGUCUGUCACUCCUACUGCUGCUUCUGCUGCUGCUGCUGCCACUGCUGCUGCCACUGCUGCUGCCACCAGCGGUUCAGGGGGCACAAACCGUUCGCUGCGAAGGCCGCGGUUGAACUUGAGGGCGCCGGGCGUGAGGGCGUUCAAGCAGCUGCUGCAGCGCAUGCAGCAGGCCGUGCUGAGAGACAGCGGGGUGGACGCGGGGAAGAUGGCCUAUAGCUACGUGCACACAGACAACGGCUUCUCGGCGGCCCUCACGGCAGCGCAGGUGCAGCGCAUGAGGCGGCACCCCUCCGUGGCGUCCGUCACGCCCUCUCGCACCAUCACACGCCGCCGCGCCGUCACUGCCGCCGCUGACGGGCACAAGUCUCUCAAGCUGCCACAUGCCCGCACUGCUGAUGUUGCCGCUCCCGCUGCUGCUGCUGCCACUCCUGCUGCUGCCACUUUUGCUGCUGCCACUUCUGCUGCUGCCACUUCUCCUGCUGCCGCUGCUGCUGCUGCCACUCCGGCUGGAGUGUCGAGUGACGGCGAAGGCACGGUGAUUGGAAUUCUGGACAGCGGCGUGUGGCCGGAGCACCCCUCCUUUGACGACACCGGCUACAGCAGCACGCUCCCUGCCGGGUGGGCGGGCACGUGUCCCACUACAAGCGACUUCGAUUGUAACAACAAGAUCAUCGGAGGGGGCAUCUUUCGCGCGGCGUUUGAGAGCGAAUAUGGAGGACAGGGCCCACACGACGACGAGUGGGCCUCCCCGCGCGAUUCUGAUGGCCAUGGCACGUGGUGUGCCGGAGCAGCAGCGGGCAACAGCGGCGUGGAGGUGCCUGGCGGAGGCACAGUCAGUGGCGUGGCUCCCAAGGCACGCCUGGCCAUCUACAAGGUCUACUGGGAUCUAGGCGGCCCUGGCGAGUCGAUUACUACCGACGAAGAUGUCUUUGCAGCCGUUGAUCAGGCCGUGGCGGACGGUGUGGAUGUGCUCACCUUGUCCCUGGACAACACGAACAGAAACACGGCCUGGGAUCAGAAUGACAAGUGGAAUUGGACCUACUUUGACGACGUGCCUUUCCUCGGUGCUCUUGCGGUGGGUGUGAGGGGCAUGCGGUGGGUGUGA